UCGGGAGAAAAUGGGAGGAACUCUGAUCCACAUGGUGGUACUAUAAAACUCACCGGUAAUUUGCAGGCUUCAUUAAAACAUCUCCUCAUCCCUGCAUCCUUCCCUUUGGACACUUUGGUACCAGAGCGUGCCAUCAAGCCAAACAUCUGAAGUGGUUCAGUAACAAUUAAAUAGACAUGAGGAUACUUGGCCAGAUAGUUUUUUGGCUUUCUCUGGGCGAAAUCUACUCUGGGAUUACAAAAGUGAAAUCCAGCAAGAAAUCUACGCAUCCCAAGCAAGCAGGCAACACCGUCCAGCCUUCCCCCGCGGCUCAUCUCUCUGCUGGAAGCAUAUCAAACAACAGAGCUGCUGCAGGAGCUCGAGCCAAACAACCCACGGAGGAAAUGAGGCUGCACUUUCUCAAGAACGCACAUGUUACAUGUAACGACGGAACAAUAGCUGGGUUUUACCUAAAAGAGAACAGAGGAAGCCGCAGAUGGUUGUUAUUUCUGGAAGGGGGCUGGUGCUGCUACAGCAAAGAGACCUGUGAUUCCAGGUACCAAAAUAUCCCUCGACUGAUGAGCUCAUCAGGUUGGCCCCUGACAAAAAGUGGGAGCGGAAUACUGUCAUCUCAAGUGGCAGAGAAUCCUUACUGGCAUAAUUCAAACAUUGUAUUCAUCCCAUAUUGCUCCAGUGAUGUGUGGAGUGGGACCGGGCCUGUCCCGGCCCCAGCUCCAAAACCACGACAGGGGAAGGAAAAAGAACGAGGUAGAAACGCAAACACAACUGAGUAUGCUUUCAUGGGAUCGCUCAUUAUUCGUGAGGUCAUCAAAGACCUCGUCCCCAAAGGAAUCAAGCAGGCCAAGGUUGUCAUGCUCUCUGGUACAAGUGCUGGGGGUACAGGGGUCCUGCUGAACAUUGAGCGAGUGGCCAGUCAGCUGGAGCAGCUUGGUGCAGAGGCACAGGUCCGGGGCCUUGUGGAUUCCGGAUGGUUUCUUGAAAGUAAACAGCAAAGGUCACCUAACUGCCCCGAGACAGUUACCUGUUCCCCUGAAGAUGCUAUCAAGGUCGGCCUGAGAUUGUGGAACGGUGUGGUGCCUGAAAGAUGUCGGCGCCUUUAUAAGAAAGGCGAGGAGUGGCAGUGCUUUUUUGGACACAGACUGUAUUCAACCUUGACCUCGCCCCUGUUUGUUGUGCAGUGGCUGUUUGACGAGGAACAGCUGAGGGUGGAGAACAUCUAUAUGGGAGGCCAGCACAUGAGUGAGGAACAGUGGCAAUAUAUGCAAAACUUGGGCAGGGAACUGAUGAACUCCCUGAGAGAUGUCACAGCGGUAUUCGCCCCUUCCUGCCUCUCCCAUACAGUGAUUACCAAAAGCAACUGGAUGACUUUCCAAGUAAAAGGCACUUCUCUUCCGCGGGCCCUGCACUGCUGGGACAGGAGCCUGGAAGCCACUCGCAACAACAGAACGCCGUCCAAAGGCUGUCCGUUCCACCUGGUGGACAGCUGCCAGUGGCCUCAGUGUAACCCCACCUGCCCGGCCUUGGUGAACGAGGCCACCCAGCAGAAGCUCACCCUGCUGCAGAUGCUGGCAGCCAUGGGACUCGACCUGCAGAAGCUGGGCUUGAAUCCUCAAGGGGACGUACAUUUCAUGGCCAGCGUGGUCAGCGAUGGGGGCUAACGAUAACAGCAGAGAAGAGAGGCGGAAGAUUUGUCGAGGCAGGUGAUUUGUUUUGAUGGAACCAUUGAAAAUAGUCGAGAAAACUAUCUGGUUGCUCCAUUAUGCUGGUCUGUCUGUGUCUAAGUGCUUUGGUGGACAUUAAAGGCCAUAUCUUUAGCUUUCAAGCUUUUGAAGUUGUACAGGGUAAGUGUUUUCGAGUUUCUAUAUCGCAAUAACAACACACUUUAAUCUUCAUUGCACAUUGAACAGAGUGUGGUGGAAAUGACUAGCACUUUUAUUUACAGAGGCUCCUGCAAAACUUCAGCUCAUCAUGUCAACAUUUUUCUUUUUUUAAUUUUGGCAUUCAUAUUUAUUUACAUGGUUUCCACUUUGUCAUUUGGUAAUGUAGUCAGGGAUUUUCACCCAUCUGCUACGAUUUGAUUAAUUUGAUUUCAUUUUAUUUCUCAUCUAUGUUCUGCUGAUGCUACACUCGACACAUUCAAGCCAACACACUGACUUGACGGAUUCAUUUUUUUGCGACUUGCCUUUAUUUAUACACAUAUUUUACUGCAUGUAAUUCUAUGAGUAUGAUGAGCAAUUGAUUUUCCCUGUGGGCAAACAAGAGAAUAUCUUGUUUCAUUUGGUGUACUGUAUAUCAUGAAGGUAUUAUGAUUCAGUCAAAUAAUACUUACAACAUAAAAUAUACAUAAUAAUAAUGGUGUUUGUUUGUUUAUUUUUCCAAUCAAAUGUCAGUGAUUUAUCAAAUGAUUAAUCAAGCAUUUGUGGUCAUACUUUGGUCUC